UCGACGCUGCCAAACAUAUGACCACGCGGGCAACCAUGCAUGGUACCGAACAACCUGAUGUUGUGCAUUGGACUUUGGAAGAGAUGCAGCAGCACGGUUGAAGGACCCAUCUUUGUAAAGGUCUUGUGGAGGCUGGGCACGUAUCGAUAGUACAUGUAGUCAGUCAGAGUUUUUUUUUAAACGAUAUCAUACGCUGUGGCUCGAACGAGUGACGAGUCUACCGGUAGCUAGAACCGAACGAGCGAAGAUGCCCCGCAGGGCAAAAUUGGGUUUAGUUCACUUGACUUCGAGCCCUUUAGCGUCCCCAGCCAAGCCAGCCACAAAGCCAAAAGCCAGCAAAGGUAAGAAGAGGAGCUUUUGCAUCAGCCUCGCCCACCCCACGUCCACCGAUUCUUCUGAAACGAAAGUUCCCUGCGGAGUCCCUUUUUCUUUUUUAAACAAGUACCAUCACGACAACAAUUAGAGCCAAUAUAGCAAGGCGGUAACCCCGGUGACGCCAAGAGCCACUGUUGGUUCUUUGGCCGUUGUUGCUGCGGCGGCGAGUCCAUCCUCGCAUAGAGCGCUUGGAUUUGGAUUUGGAUGGAAUCAUGUUCUUCCAUUGGCGAAUGGACGACUGCGCGUCCUGGAUUGCCGUCAUGCCGAAUAUCUCCUUCAUCAACUCCACGAGGGCAGUGUUGUCGUACAGGUCGUCGAUAGAUAGAGGUCGACGCGUCACGGGGCUGGUACCAUGUUCCUCGAUCCACGCAACAAUGGCAUCUUUCUCAUAGGUGUUUCCAUCGGGGUCAAUGGUUGGCUGGCACAUGAGCCCAUGGGUAAUGGGGCAGUAAAAUUCAUCUGGAAGCGAUGCAAUCCCUCGUGACGAAAAGGCUUGCUCGAUGCUUCGUAGGGAUUGAAAGAUAGGAGACCUGCCAGAUCGACGAAAGCCCCGUAAGGAUUGUCGAAUGGAUUUGCGGCUCUUCUUGUCCUCGCGUGCCUUUUGUUGCAGAUCGCCAAUGCAAGCCUUGAGAGCACUAAAGCAUUCUUUCUGCUGAAUGCAUGCCUUUAGAACCCGAUUUGGGUAGAACUCUCCAUCGGUUGCAGCCUCAGCAGUCUUCUCGUAGGACUUUCCAUCAGAGCCGACGACUGGGUCUUUCAUUAUUUCGUUUGUGAUGGAGCAAACGAAGGCCUUGGGAACAUCCAGCAGUUUCGCCUCCUGUGUCGUUUUGGAUUCCUGCUCAUCUGUUUGGUCAGGUUGAUUGUCUUUGUCUUUUUCACGUUGUAGCGAAAUGUUGUCGUCUAUGGUUGGGACCUCAAGUACCAUCUUGAGGGUACCCUUUGUCUGUUUCCUUGUCGUCUUGGCUGCUAAAAUUCGUUGGUUUUUGCUUGAAUUGUGAGCAAUGACAGCCAGCUGAUGUACGUGCAACGUGGUACGAAAUCACGUUCGUAGCCCAUUUUACCAUCUCAAACGCACGGGAGAUGGAUUGUCACCGAAUCCUUGUUUUAGAAGAUGGGGUAAAGUAGACUAUAUUCCCCAGUUCAAAUUGAAGUUCCGCCUCUAUGUAUUGAUGAAGAAUUUUUGCAGUCGGGUUUCCUCGCCUUGCGACCUCGCGAGGACUUGUUGGGACUGUUGGGACCACCAAGCUCCAUCCAUGCGAACGCAAUGCGUUUGCGGUAGAUGCGUUGCAUGGUACAGGGCACAUUCGAGGACUCAUCUGGACUCUGGGCAAACAUGGGGGCGAGCAAGCAGCAAGUAUGACGAGCACACAUUCCGAGCUUGCCAGUCGUGAUGGAGCUUUGCCCAGAGCUGCAGAUCUUUCGGUCCGUUUUGGCUUUGCUGGGCACACAUCAUACAUUCUCGAGAAAGAGAUAAAAGAGAGAUAAAUUGACUGAUUCCCUCCGGAUAAGGACCUUGAAGCAUAGACUGAUAAAAUGCAGAUUGCUUUCUCCUUUUUUGCCUUGUUCCUUGCUUGCUUGUCAAGCCCCACCGACGCUGGAGACGAGGAGUUUAAUGAACUUCAGUGGAAACUUGAAACGGACGUUUUGGAGCUUCGAACGGCUGUUGAAGAGGCGUACUUGAGUCGUUGCGACCCAUCGACCUUACAAAGCUGUCAAAGGGGCAACUUUGAUGCCUGCGAUUCCUCAUUUCCCAAUCCGGUAUGUCCUGUUGGAGAGGACUUUUCGUUGCAAGUUUGCGCCGAUGGAUGCUCUUCCAAGUACGACUAUUCCGUCUCGACUGUUUCGUUCCCUCCGUUCCCUGGAAGUCGAGAUGAUCCGGCAGUCCUGCAAGAUAUCUGCUUCUCGAGGAAGCUUGAUUCCUAUUUCGUCAACAAGUAUGAAGCUGACAAGAGUUUCUGGGAUAAGUACGGUAUCGACGUCCCUUCCAUGCAUCUCGGGAUGACAACCGGAGCCUUCCGCAUUUAUCCUGCCCGUGCCAAUGAAACAUGCAAUGCCUACGAUCCCAGGGUUCGGCCUUGGUAUGUAGCUGGUAGCAGUGGCCCUAAAAACAUCAUUCUGUUGCUGGACACUUCGGGAUCCAUGGACGGCAUCCGCCUCUACUACCUCAAGCAAGCGGCUGCGCGCAUCAUCGACACCCUGACCGUGGGAGAUAGAGUUGCAUUGGUUCCAUUCAGCACCAAAGCGCAGCCAGAAUACUUUGACGGAGAAGCCCUCGUGAAGGUGACUGCCUCUAUGAAAGAAGAGCUACAAAAGCGGCUGGCUGCGCUUGAGGCGAUCGGUUCAACCAACAUUCACGAUGCGUUUCGUCGUGCAUUUCAAGUCAUGGAAGAUUCCAUUCCACUUGAAAAGGUAGUCGAUUGUAACACUGCAAUCAUCUUCCUCACGGACGGAAAGAUGACCGACCCACCAGAUGUGACCGAGGAAUCAGUUUUGGAGUUUGUGUCAGAUGGCCUGCUCGAACUGGAACAGCGCCUCAAACACCCUGUAUAUCUCUUUACCUACAGCGUUUCGGAGAAUGAUGACGUUCAUACCUUCCCUAAGCAGCUUGCGUGCAGUGCAACAGCCAACGGGAUCUGGUCGAAAGUGGUAGAUGAACGCACCAUUGUCGAUUCCUUGACAAGCUACACCAAUCUCUUCUCGCUUGGCUUAGGCGAGGGAAGGAAUGACGACUUUACGGCAUGGGUUGAGCCAUACAUUUUCUCUACUCGGGGAGUUCCUGGAGUAACGGUCUCUGCGCCAGUGUUUGAUCGAACUGUUAACCCUCCAGUGUUGAUCGGAGUCGUUGGGCUGGAUCUCUUGGUUGAGGCUUUGGACCGUGCGCUGGGAGUGGAAACGGGAAGCAGCAAGACGUACGACAGGAUUGUGCUUUCGUCGACGGCCAAAUGUCCUCGACUAGCGACUUCGCAGUGCCACAUGGAAGCAUUUCGCUCUUUUGGCAUUUCGGGAGAUGAUGCUCGUUGUGGAGGCGCAUCAAACUGCUCCACAACGGUGGACAUCUCGCUUGCUCCUGAGGUUUGCAACAAUCGGGAUGACCUCCCUUCGAUCAUUGUGCACAACACAGACGUGGAGCAGGUAUCCUUCAUUGAAAGAGCUUGUUGUACUGGAGGAAGCAAUGGUUUUGGAGUGGUCCAGAAUGAUACCUGCAUUGCCACCUCGUUGUCAAUGGAAGAAAAGAGCAAGAAUAUCGGAGCCAUAGUUGGAUCUGUGGUGGGUGUCCUUGUUGGAGUGUCAGUGAUGGCAUACGCUGUUGCUGCCUCGUGUCGCAAGGCCAAACUCGAACGCGGGGACUCGGUCCCUGUCGCCCAAGCGAUGGCUGUCCAUGAUGAGGAGACUGAAGUAACCGCGGUCACCCCUCCCACCAAUCCGAAAGCCUCUGCUCCUUGUGUGCUAAAUGCCGAAGCCUGAACAUUACACUCGAGUUUAGAUCACCGAAAAAGAUGAAGAAGAACUGGAACACGGCUUCAGUAGCAUUGAAGCCAGCCUGGAAAUAAUGAGCAACGUCCGUUGGAGCGGAUGAUCAAACGAAUAAGUAUCUAGAUAUGAUUUUACAAAUUC